CCGCCAUAAUACAAAAAGAAGAAGAGUGUUGACAUGACACUGCUCGGGGAAAGUUGACGAUAAAAGCAACAUUACAGUACAAGAACAAGGUUAUUGGCGGAUUAAAAUAGGACACGCAUAAAUCUGGGUGCAAGAAAUGGAGGAGGUCAAGAAAACUGUUGCAUAUCUGGAUCUUCUUUAAAACAGGAGAGUGCAAUCGGUUGAAUCGACCGUGUUAUCUCUGAAUGGUCCAUUAUGUAUGGCAGGUGUCUCCAACCCUGUUUCUGGUGAGCUACCGCCCUGCAGACUUCAACACACCUGUCUGUAGUUGUUAAGCAACCCUGUACACCUUGAUUUUGGGGUUGGAGCUAAAAUCUGCAGGACGGUACAGUACCACACCAGGACCAGGAUUGGAGACCCCUGAUGUAGGAUGUAAUGGAACUGGAAGAAGCAUCAGGAUCAUCAUAUAAUUCCAUAAUGGCAGAUACAUCUGGUUGUUUGCAGAUAAAAAACACUUUUCCAAACAGGAAACAAAGAACAAAACCCGGCAAAUCUUUUACUUGCCAUCACUGCGGAGAGGAGUUUGACAGUAAAGGACACCUUACAAAGCACAGAAAAAUCCACACUGAAGAAAAACUUUUCAACUGCCCUCAGUGUGAGAAAAGUUUCAAAUGGAAAAGCAACCUUAGAAAUCACAUGAGAACACACACCGGAGAGCGUCCAUACACAUGUCUUCAGUGUGGAAAGAGUUUCAGAUACAAAAGGAAUCUAACGGUCCACAUGAUAGUUCACACCGGAAACCACCCAUACACAUGUGAUCAGUGUGGAAAGAGUUUCAAACUAAUAACUAAUCUAAAGGUUCACAAGAGACUUCACACUGGAGACCGCCCAUACACUUGUUUACAGUGUGGAACAAGUUUCACAAAUACAAGUAAUCUAACUGUCCACAUGGGAAUUCACACUGGAGAGCGCCCAUACACAUGUCCUCAUUGUGGAAAGAGUUUCACACACAAAGGUGUUCUUAAAAUCCACAUGAGAAUUCACACUAAAGAGAAUCCAUACAUGUGUGUUCAGUGUGGAAAGAGCUUCAGACACCAACACGUUCUUAAAAACCACAUGCAGAUUCACACCGGAGAAAAUCCAAACACAUGUCAUCAGUGUGGAAAGAGUUACAGACAAAAACACAGUCUUCAAGUCCACAUGAGAAUUCACACUGGAGAGAAUCCAUACAUGUGUUUUUAUUGCGGAAAGAGUUUCACACAAAAAAUUGGUCUUGAAAACCACACACGAAUUCACACUGGAGAACGACCGCACCCAUGUCCUCAGUGCGGAAAACGUUUCACAAAGAAAUGUUUUCUUACAGUUCACAUGAGAAUUCACACUGGAGAGCGCCCAUACCCAUGCCCUCAGUGUGGAAAGCGUUUCAGACAAAAAAAUUGUCUUGACUACCACAUAAGAAAUCACACUGGAGAGCGUAAGGGCUCCUAGGUAUAUUGGAAAACCUGAAAUAUCGCAGAUUUGCAUAUUGCCAUUAGGGAUGAACCAAAUGUACGGCCAGCGAAACCAUUCGUCCGAAAAAGGCAACA